AUUGUGCGCCACCUUAAUCAAGUCAAAAGUUUGUAUUUAUUCAUGUUGUUAGAAGGUGUCAAGGACUUCAAGAGGAAUAUAGUCUGUUCGGACAUUAACUUGUAGUUUAUGAAAUUACAUAUUUUAUCUAGUGUUGCGUCAGCUUUUUUAUCUACUCUUUUUUACUGAAGUAUCGCGAAAUCGUCCACAACGAAUCAGCUCGAAUCAGUUGUGAGGAGGACGGAAGAGAUGCAAAUUACUUGGACAUAUAAUGUACAGUUUGAUGGCUAACUGUUUCGAUUGGAUUAGAAAAAGGAAAGAGCCGAAUAGGGCAGUUACAUUGAUAAUCAUUGGCCUAGAUGAUGCUGGGAAAACUACAAUGGUUGCUAGUUUAAAAGGAGAACCUCCUGAUGGCAUCACACCAACAAUUGGAUUCGCAAAUGCAGAGUUCACACUCAGUCGCUGUAAAGUCACAGUGUAUGAUUUAGGUGGAGGGGUCAGAAUCAGGGAUGUAUGGAAAAAUUACUAUGCAGAGGUAUAUGGUGUAGUUUUUGUAUUAGAUUCAUGCAAUGUUAAGCGACUAGAUGAAACAAAAGAGGUCUUCCAGCAAGUUUUAGAAAGCUCAAAAAUUCUUGGUAAACCAUUCUUAAUAUUCGCAAAUAAGCAAGAUAAAGUUGGUGCCUUAACAGCAGAAGAUAUAACUAAUGCACUGGAUUUACAAAAUUCAAAGCACUCUUUUUCCUACAAAGUGUUCACUUGUUCUGCUUUAAAAGGCUAUGGAAGAGGAACGGACAAAAAUAUAAAUGCGGGUUUUCAGUGGCUGCUAAAUACAAUAUCAAAUGAAUUUGGAAAGAUUUCCUCUCGAGUGGAGCAUGAUGUUGCCAUUCAGAAAGAAGAAGAAGAAAAAGAGAGAAAAGCUAGGCUAGAGCGAAUACGAAAAAUUAGGGAGGAAAGAGAUAGACAAGAAAGAGAAGCAGGGAAUGACCCUGACAAAGAGGACUCGGAUGAUGACGUAAUGAUGGUGAAUCCAUUUCAGCCAAUUGGGAAGCAUCUGGAAAAUAUGAAAUCCAAGGAAAGAAAAAAGAAACUUGAGAAAGAGAAGAAACAAAAGGCUGAACAAACCAGGUUAGAAAUGGAAGCUAAAGAAGACAACGAGCAACCUGAAUCUUCCAAUGUCAAGAAGAAAAAGAAGAAGAAAAAGAAAGCUGUAAAAGUUCAGGAGGAGGAAGAUAUGCAAGUGGAUGUCAACAACGAUGCACAUGCUGCUUCCACUGUUGAUGCGGACGAUCAUCACCAUGAGAUACCUCAGCAUUCAUACGAUGAAGAUAAUGGGGUGGUUGUAAAGAAGAAGAAGAAAAAGAAGAAGAUAGCAAAACAUCUGGAAGAUGAAAGUGCACAUUGUGAUAAUACCGAUGGAAUUAAAAAUUCCUGUUUUGAUGAGAAAGAUGAGCGCAUGGAAGAAGAUGUUCAUAAUUCGCACGAUGAAGAUAAUAAUACAUUAGUGAAGAAAAAGAAGAAAAAACAAAGAAUAAAAGUUGUUGAAGAGAUUGAUAGGGUACCGUCAGGAGAAGAGGAAAGUUUUAAUCCAUCACCAGUCAUUAAAAAGCAAAAGAAGAAAAAGAAGACAUUGACUAAUUUUGACGAAGAUAUUGUGGAACGAAAAUUUGAAAUUGAAAGUGAAAUGAAAUUUCAGAAUGGUAAUUUAAAGGAAAUCGAAGACAUCGAUUCUCACACACUUGAAAACGGAGAAUCUGUUGAAGCAAGCGAAUCUAUUAGCAAAGUAAAGAAGCCGAAAACAAAGAAAAGGAAGAAGAAGAAAAAUAGGACUGCACCGGUUGAUCACGUUCCAGAAGACGAAGCUGCGUCACUUCCUGCUCCUGUUUGGAAAACACCCCCAUCAAAUUGGACAUCGUUACCGCCAAUCGGAAACAAUGGGGACUCGACCAACAUUGGGGGCUUACCACCUCUGCGGAGCAACAAAACAAAAAAAACAAUUGGGGAUUCAACGAUGCAACAACUUCCUUCGUCGUCGCCAUCUUGGGCAAGAACAAGACCGAACAGCGAAGAUUACGACCUUGUGACUUAGAAUGGAUGCACAGUCGAUUUACCAUGUUUAUGUCAUUUCUCUACAGUGCAUUCAAAACCAUGUAGGGGCCGUCCAAAAUGUAACUGGGCACAAUGUAUGAUUUGUUCAGUAGACCCAAACGCCGUUUGGGUUUAAUUACGUCCAUUUGUCCCUGAACGAGCAGAGAUGUGUGUAUUUUGUAGGAUCAUUUCAAAGUUAUAAAUAGUUGCACACUUUCUAAUAAGCCUCGGGGCAUGGCUUUGCCUAUUUACAAUGUUAAUAGUAUCUCUGUGGGGUUGAGAAGGGUAUUCUUUUUGUACAACAGUGGGAAUGUGUAUAAUAUGUUAAAGAUAUGAAAUUUUUCGUUGUCAAUUCCUUUAUUAAACUAGCAAAAGCUGUGCAUCUAGAGAGAGUGUUGCCUAUCAUUUAGACAUUUUUCCUAUAUCACUCACGAAUGGCUCAUCUGUCAGUUAUUAAUUUUUGGGAAAAUUGCAAAUAUUUUAUGUCACCUGCUUUGUCUACAAAUACACUAAAGUUCCAAGUAGAUUUUCCAAGCAACCGUAAACUCUGAGAAAUGCAACAUAACUUCAGCCUAGAUAUGCAAAAUAAGCAAAACUGGUAAUGAGUGUGUUAUUUUUCGAACAUUAUGAAUUAAUAUUUAUUGUAGUUGUUGUGUUUCUGAAACUUGCUCAGAUGCUGGAUAAUGACGCUGGACAUAAGGUCCUAUUGUAAUAAUUUUUAAAAAUAGUUGAAGUGAUUUUAGAUAUAAUUGUAUGUUUCAGAUUAAUCUUGGCAGUUUGAUGAUUUAAGAUACAGAAAAAAUGUCC